UAGCUAUCUGUCUCUUUUAGUCAGCUUGAUAUAUUCGUAGUCUUAUCUUAAUGUCAUGCAGUAUGAGUUCAUACCGUUUACAUGUUAUAAUAGAGAAUCUGGUCGUUAAUUGAGACUAGACUGUUCAAAUUUUCUUGGUUGAUAAUUCAAUACGCGUUAGAUCAAUGAGUCAGAAAAUAAGGGGUCCCUACAACCCGGGAGAAUGGUAUUAAGAAAUACUCCAACAUUCCAACUAACAUAUUCCAAACUUCCAGUUCCAGCCAUGUUUUUCUUCUUGUUUUUUCUUCUUCCACAGCUAACAUAUUCCAAACUUUCAGCCAUGUUUUUCUUCUUGUUUUUUCUUCUUCCACAGCUAACAUAUUCCAACUCCCUGCCUUGUUUUUCUUCUUCCUGUGGAAAAAUCACAAACAUAACUCAUCCAUUCAGACUAAAACAAGACCCAGAACACUGUGGGAACAAUAAGUACGAGUUGGAUUGUGUGAACAACGUUACAAUAUUGAGUUUGUAUGGUGGUUACUAUUUGGUAGAAUCAAUAAAUUACAACAAUUACACAAUCCGAGUUGUUGACCCAAACAUUCAACCCACCAAUUGCUCCUCUCUUCCUCGCUUCUUCUUAUACCGCUACAAUUUCUCUUAUCAAGGAUCAUACGGCCAGUUUAUUUCCAAAGAAAGUAGUUCAUAUCAAUACAGUAUAAAUCGAUCGAGUUCUACGGUACUGGAAAAUAUGGUUGAAUAUGAUUUUUCUAAGUCAACGUAUAUAGGCCACUACAAUGAAUAUGAUUUAUCUAUGCCAGUAAUUUACAUGAAAUGUAAAAGUCCAUCUAGUAAGGUUGUUGAUAAGUACUAUGUUGAUGCCACUUCAUGCUUGGGUCAAGACACAUACGCUAUUAUUGGGGACCCACCCUUUGAAAUUUUGGAUCCUGAAUGUCGUGUUAAUCUUGUUACCCUCACAUCCUUCUGGGGAAGUUCAGUUCUGUACGGGGACUACAGCAAGAUUAUAGGUAACAUUUUGUAUAGUGAUAUCCACGAGGCACUGAGAUAUGGAUUUGAAAUUUCAUGGAUGAAAGCCUCUUGUCCUUGUAACGAAUGCUUACUCAAUGACACCAUCAACGAGGUUCAAUGCAGCGAAACUAUUUGUAGUUUUGACUCUUGCGGAUAUUGGGCAGACAAGGUCCGCCAAAUGUUAGCUUACGUUACAGGCAUCGACGAAGGACUUCGGGAGUUGACGGGCUUGAAAAAGUUAAAUAUUUAUAAGCCAAGUAUUAAGCUAUAUAGAGCAGGAAUAGUUACAGGAAAGUAUAUUUUGCCAUACCUUGGAUCUAGAUUUAUAUUGGGCUUCAUAAUUUUCUUUGUAUUGUUGAUCUAUACAUAUCGAAGAAGACAUGAAUCAAUAUAUGAGAACAUCGAAGAUUUUCUACAAGGUAAUACUCUCGUGCCAAUAAGGUAUUCAUACAAAGAGAUAAAACAAAUGACAAAAAAUUUCAAGGUAAAAUUGGGUGAAGGAGGUUAUGGAGAUGUUUAUAGAGGAAACCUAAUAAGUGGUCCAUUUGUAGCCAUUAAGAUGUUGAAGAUAAAAUCAAAAACUAAUGGGCAAGACUUCAUAAUUGAAGUUGCAACAUUAGGAAGAAUAUACCAUUCAAAUGUUGUAAGUCUCAUUGGAUUUUGCGUUGAAGGAUCAAAACGUGCUCUUGUCUAUGAGUACAUGCCCAAUGGCUCUCUUGAUAAAUAUAUUUUCAACAAAGAGGAAGCUACAUCUUUAACUUACAACCAAGUAUAUGAAAUAUCUCUCGGAGUAGCACGUGGAAUUUCUUAUCUCCAUCAAGGUUGUGACAUGCAAAUUUUGCAUUUUGAUAUUAAGCCUCAUAACAUUCUUCUUGAUGCAAAUUUCAUCCCAAAAGUUUCAGACUUUGGUCUUGCAAAGCUCUAUCCUAUUGACAAUAGUAUAGCCACUUUGACAGCAGCAAGAGGAACAAUCGGCUACAUGGCUCCAGAAUUGUUCUAUCAAAAUAUUGGGGGAAUAUCAUAUAAGGCCGACGUGUAUAGCUUUGGAAUGCUUUUGAUUGAAAUAACUAGUAGAAGAAAAAAUUUGAAUUCACAUGCCGAGAAAUCAAGUGAACUUUACUUUCCCUUUUGGAUUUAUGAUCAAUUGGUUCAAAAAAGAGAAAGUGAAAUUAAAGACUUUAUCAUGGAGGAAUUCAACGAUGUUUUGAAGAAAAUGUUCAUCGUUGCACUUUGGUGUAUACAAUUGAAACCUAUUGAUCGUCCUUCAAUGAACAAAGUAGUAGAAAUGCUUGAAAAUGUUCUUGAAAAUAUUGAAAUGCCUCCAAAGCCUGUACUAUAUCCACAUGAAACAAUUCGUGAAAGUCUUGAUACCACUUCAAAAGAAACUGAAUCAUAUACUAGUUCUACUAGUUAUGUUGAGGAAAUCACAACCACUCCUUUGUUGAAGUUUUCUGCAUGAUAAUUCAAAGUAAUUAAAUAUGUCUAGCAUUUGUGUUGUUUUGUUGUCUUAUUGCCUAUAUAUAAAUCAAUGUAUUUUUGUUUGUUUUUUUAAAUAUAAAAUAUGAAUCUGUGAUUUUAGUUACUAAAAAAUAAUUAUUGCAUAUGUAUAUAAUCAAUACUUAUAUUUUCCACCAUGAUAUAUAACCUAAUCAUUUGUCUAAUAUGUAGAUUUGUCACUAGAUCCAAUUUUUUAUUUAGAGCUCUUUAAAUGUUAAUAUCUUAAUAAUUAUAGUAUAUGUUUUUAAUGGAAACAAAGAGAAAAUAACCGGAAUUGUUUCAUCUUUAAAAAGAUGGAUGGAUUAGAUAACAUAAUUUAUGUUAAAUAUAAUGUAGAGCCUAUAACCUCCAAUUUUCACCUCUUACAUGCUAAUGUUUGGAAUAGGUCUUAUGUUAAAUUUAUGUGUGAAUUGAGGGUGUUUUUGUAUUGGAUAGAAAGAAAUUAAGUGUCUUGAAGGGCUAUAAAGACUUGCAUGCAAUG